CGGAGACUGAAUCCACUGAUGACGUGUAGAGCAGCAUGGCGGCGCCUAUGAUGGAGCACAACAGCCACAGCGGCAAUGAUUUUUCUCAGCCAGAGCGUACAGAAGGCAGUACAUCUAAAUCUCCUUCAGAGAAUGACAACUUUACAGAUGAUGUAGUUGAACUUGUUCAGAAAGAGAUAGGUGGCGAUCUUAAGUCGCUAAAGAAGGUGGCAGGGCUUUUGGAGAAACUGACGUUGGAGAACAAGCAGCUGGAGGAGCAGGUGCUGACUGUGUCCUCUUCGGUGCCGCUGCGUGUGUCCGCUGCCCUGUCCGCGGCAGAGGAGUCUCGAGUGAAGCUGGAGUCUUUACUGGAGAAGGAGAGAGUUCUGUCCAACACUUUGCAGCAGCAUCUGCAGGGCGCACAGGUCUGGGCCGACAGCAUCGGGCAGGUCUUGGGUCAGCUAGACACAUUAGAGAGGCAUAUGAAGUACCUUCAAUGUCUUGCUCGUAUUGAGGAGCUCAGUGACAGCAUCCAGCAGUAUCUGAUGACCAAUAGCAUGUGGGAUGCAGUCAGUGCGAUAGACAGGAUGGCCUCUCUGGAUAUGGGUUUGAGAGAGUCCGGCUGUAGCCACUUGCAGGCCUUCCUCAGAGAAACACUUCGCUUUUGGCACAAGAUCCUUAAAGACAAACUUGCCAGUGAUUUUGAGGAAAUCCUGACGCAGUUCCACUGGCCGUUCAUCUCACCCCCUACACAGACCCUCUCACCCCCAGCCAACGCACAGGAGCUCAACAGCCAGCUGGAGCUACUGGGGUCCCAGCUUCUCUCUCUCCAGACCUCUGAUGACCUUAUAUCAGAGAAUAAAGAAACAGCGUCUCGUCCUGGGCAGUCCCAGACUCCUCCACUCUCAUUGCCCAUUCAGAUCAUGUUGCUUCCCCUCGGUAAGAGGUUCAGGUAUCACUUCACUGGAAACCGCCAGACCAACAACUUAAGCAAGCCUGAGUGGUAUUUGACCCAAGUCCUCAUUUGGAUGGGAAACAGCUCCAACUUUAUGGAUGAGAAGAUUCAGCCUAUAUUGGAUCGUGCCGGGGCCAAAGUUAGCGCGAGGGUGGAGCUGUGCAGGGGGCUUCUGACUCUUGCCCAGGAGAAGCUCACCCAGGACGCUCCUCGGUUGCUCUAUGAUGAUGCUCUCUUCUGCCACCUAGUUGACGAGGUGCUGCAGUUCGAAAAAGAGCUCCGCAGCACCCACAGCUACCCGCGAACCUAUCCCGGCGUCUUACACAUUCUAUUGGAAGAGACUGUGUUCCAGAAGUGGCUCAGCGUGGAGAGAAAGAUGGCUGUGGAAAAAGUGGACGCCAUGCUGUCUGCAGAGGGAGCCUGGAGCUCCCAGUACAAAGACAUCACUGAUAUGGAUGAACUUAAAGCACCAGAUUGUGCAGAAACCUUCAUGACCCUUCUGCUGGUCAUCACUGAACGGUACCGCUCUCUGCCGUGUCCACGGGCUCAGCUCAGUUUCCUGGCUCUGCAGAAGGAGCUGGUGGAUGAUUUCCGUAUCCGCCUCACGCAGGUCAUGAAAGAAGAGUCCCGACAACCGCUGAGCCCUCGCUACUGCGCCAUCCUCAAUGCUGCCAACUACAUCUCCACUGUUCUCAGUGACUGGGGGGACAAUGUUUUCUUCUUGCAGUUGCAGCAGGCUGCAGUGUCAGUCGGCGAGGAGAUCCUAGGUCCUCUCGGGGCCACAGAGACGGGGCGUCUGGCCUCUCUGGAAGGAUCUUUGUUUGAGGGGCUGUUAGCCCUGCUGGAAAGGCUACGAGGAGACAUGCUGGGACGAUUGCUAGAUGCAGUCAUGAGAGACGUCAAAGAGAAGGCACAGCCAUACUGUAAAGACAGGUGGAUCUCUUUGCCAUCACAGAGCGACCAAGCCACUAUGUCGUUAUCCAGCUCUGCAUGUCCCAUGAUGCUUUGCCUACGGGAUCACCUGCUCCAGCUGCAGCAGAUGUUGUGUCUUCCUCUGUUUCAGAUGUUCUGGCAGGGCCUUGCCGAGAGACUCGACAACUUCAUCUACGAAGAACUGAUCCUGUAUAACCAUUUCAAUGAAGGCGGGGUGGCACAGCUUCAAUACGAUAUGACCAGAAACCUCUUCCCUCUCUUUGGACACUACUGCAAGAGACCUGAAAACUUCUUCAAACAUGUGAAAGAGGCCUGCAUCAUCCUGACUCUGAAGGUGGGCCCGGCGCUGCUGUUGUGUGAUGUGCUGAAGCCGUCAGAGGAGGAUGAGGGCAUGCUGAACCAUCAGCAGCCCAGUCCAGAGUCAGCGCUCAAUGAACUGGGAGUCUAUAAGCUGGCCCCCAGUGAUGUGCAGAUCCUCCUCAACCUCCGCUCAGCCUGGCUCAAACAAUGAGAAAUCACCCAGAGCAGCACCAAGAAAGCAUUACCGAGCACUCAAACACCUGUUAAGACUUACAAGAUAACUACAUCAGCUGAUCUACAGUAUUUAAAGUGAACUGAAGGGAGAUAUGAAGAGUACGCUGAUGUGAAAAAAACUAUUUUGCUGACAUACUUUCAUCAGAAACAAAUAAAUUAAUACAUGUU